AUGAUGCAGGACCUCGGAUCUCAGCACAACCAUGGUUCAGACUCGGUAGACGAUGGGAUAUCCAAUCCGGGCGCCAGGAUCAGAGCAUUGGAACAAGAGAAGGCGAUACUCACACGCCAAGCCGAAGAAGUCCUGACUACCCUAGCCGGCAAGCAUCGGACAGAAUGCAAGAAGACAAAGCGACUUGAAAGCCGUCUCUGCAGGGAGGCGGCAUUGGCCAAGGAGAGGGAGGAAGAAGCCGAGCGCUUCAAGGCGGAUCUUUCUGAACUGCGCGAUGUGCUUUGUUCCGAGCGGAAAGCAAAGGAGGACGAACUAAGCCAUCUCAGAGGCAAGGUGCAAGACCUCGAACACGCACACGCUCUGAUUGCUUGCCACCGGGCCUCUCAGAUUGAGUCAGAUGUCCAAUACAGAGAUAUGAAAAUUUCUCUGGAGCAAGACACGGAGAGGCGUCUUCAGGAGCAGCGAAAAAUCUUCGAAGAUAUCAUUGGAGAAAAGAUGACUGCUCACCGCAAUGAGCUAUUGGAAACUCAGCAACAGGCUGAGGAGUACUUCUUGGAACUGAGCGAGCGACACGCAGAUGAGUGCGAGGCCCUUUUGGAAGAUGGAAAGCAACUCGAGGAGAAAUAUGGCAAGUUACUGCAAGAAUACAACAAAGCUGAGGUCAAGAAGCAGCGCCGGAUGGAGGACGAUGAGCGCGAGCACCUCUUUCAGACCGACUCCAUGGAAAAGAUGCGCAAAGCAGAAGAUUUUCAGUCGACCAAAGAAGCAACGACGAACGAGAACACGACGGGCCAUUCCAAGGGACCACAUGACCGAGAUCUUAAGCAAGACCGGUUCGAACAUGAGCAUAGUCAACAAGUAUCAGAACUAAGAGAGAACAACUAG